UCUAUUGUUUCCCCAAUUGGCUAUUUUUAAUUUUUUGUUUUCUUUCUCUGUGCAAUAAAUAAAGAAACCCUAAUUACCAAUCCCCAUUCUCUCUCUCUAAAAAGUUUUCUCUCUCUAUCUGCCGUAACCCUAAUUUGCUUUUCCAUGGCGGCGGCUCGUGAACGCAACGACAAUUCAUACGAAGACGGAGGGGGUUUCGGCAAGUUUCGAAAGCGGCCGUUUCGAAGGGUCCAAGCGACGCCGUACGAUCGACCGCCGACUGCAAUUCGAAACCCGAGCCAUGCCAGCAAUACCAACAACAAUAAUGGUUGGUUAUCAAAGCUGGUGGAUCCGGCACAGAGGCUCAUUACUUCCAGCGCUCACAGGUUUUUUGCUUCCAUGUUUCGAAAACGGCUACCUCCCCCUCCUCCGCCUCAGCCACCGGAGCCAGAGGCACAUGGGGGAGCCCCUGAUGAGCAGAAGGAAACAAUUCCUAAAGAUCCACCUGGAAUACGUGGAUCAGCUACCAAUGAAAUUGAUAAUCCAGAUAACAGUUUUGACAAGGGUGGGCUUACUAAACUAGAGCUAAUUCUGAAGCAGAAGACAUUUACAAGGUCUGAGAUUGAUAGAUUGACAGCUUUGCUGCAAUCAAGAACUGUUGAUGCUGAUCUAGGGAAUCAGGAAAAGAAGUCUGAAGUGAUUCCUUCAGAAGGUUUUUUGUCCUUAGAUAGGAAGGAGUUUCCACAUACCCCAAUUAAGGACAAUGGACUUGAGAGCCACCCCAUCUCCACUCCAAAUUGGCUAAAUUGUCUUCAGGUCCUUGAUGAGGAUGUUGCUUCACCUGCAGAGCUUGCAAAAGCUUACAUGGGUAGCAGGCCUUCAAAAAUAUCCCCAUCAGUGCUGGGUUUGAGUAGUCGAGCAGUUGGGGAGCAUUCAAUCGUGCAGAUUGAUCGACCAGUCCCUUCAAAGUCCACAAUCAUGUCAGUUGUGCCAAGGUCUUCAGGUCGUGUUACAUCUGCUGAAAAUGGUUUUGUGACACCAAGAUCUCAUGGCCGUUCUGCUAUUUACAGCAUGGCUCGAACACCAUAUUCCAGAGUUCAUUCAAGCUCUACCCUUCAGGGUGCUGGGAGUGAAACUAAUGUUCUUGGUCUGCCAUCAUUUUCAUCUCCAAGCAUCUGGGAGAACAGUAGAUUUUCUGGAUCUAAACAGAGGGCUUUAAAGCGGAGGAGUUCUGUUUUGGAAAAUGAUAUAGGAUCCGUAGGUCCUAUACGUCGAAUUCGUCAGAAAUCUAACCUCCUGCCUUCUUCGAGCAGUCUCUCUAUCCGUGGAAGUAGCCUUGGUUCUGAUUCUGCUCAGCUCCUGUCAUCAUCCCAGAAGCUAGCUAUUGCAAGUGAAGGAUCAGUAGAAAAUGGUGAUACUGGUAUUCAUGGUUCAAGUUUUGCACAUGUUCCCUCCAAGUCCAGUGAGAUGGCUUCAAAGAUAUUGCAGCAACUGGAUAUGUUAGUCUCAUCAAGGGAGAAAUCACCUACUAAGUUGUCACCAUCCAUGUUACGUGGACCAGCUCUUAGAAGCCUGGAGAAUGUAGAUUCGUCGAAAUUUCUGGAGACUGUUCAAGAUAAUAAUAAGACAGAUGUUAAAUAUGAAACCUCACAACCUGAUGUGAGAGACUCUCUGUCUCAAAAGCAAGAUAGGGUUGAGGAAAAUGGUCAUAAAAAGCUUGCUGUGUCUUAUGAAAAGUCAGCUUCUGCAGUAAAUGGUACAAAUCCUGCAAAUUUGGUGAAUAAUGUGUCUGAUCAAAAAACUGUAUCUUUUCCUAUGGUGAAUUCUGUUGCUCAGCCCCCUACACAGAAGAAAUGGGCUUUCCAGAUGAGUGCACAUGAGGAUGAUCUGGAGCUUGAUGAUGAUGAGAAUUUUGAUAGGAGUACAUCUGCUAUGUUGGCGGAAGAGAAGCAGAAGCUGGAUACCGCUUUACCUGAAAGUAAGGCCAGCUCUGCUGAGGCCAUUACAUCAGAGAAGCCUGCAGCUUUUUUGCAAUUUAAAUCUCAAGCAAGUGCCAUAUUCAACCAAAAUCCUCCAGUAGCUUCUGGUGGCUCUGCAGGUACUGAAAAGAACAGUGGAUUUUCUGUCCCUGCUGCUGCACCUUUGCCCAACGCAACUGUCCAGCAGGCUGUUGUAGACAAGCAGGCAACUGUAACAUCCGAUAAAGCUUCAUCACCAAAUGAAUCAAGUGCUGCACUUCCUAUAUUUAACUUCGGGGACAAAGUUGUCUCUCAGAAAGAACCUAAUGGUGUCCCACCUAAAUCCAAUUUCAGUUCUGGAACCGGGAGUGUUGUGCCACAGAUGACAUUUGCUUCCAAUUCACAAGUUGCAAGUGAGACUACAGGCCUAAAGUUUGAUACAUCAAACCCUAGAUCAGAAAGCCCAAGCAGCUUUGCUUUUAAUGCUGUUGAUGCAACAAAGCCUGGGUUAAAAGAGCCUGAAUCAGACAAAACUGAUAGUUGUAACAGUUUGAAGGCUGGUGUCUUCUUCAGUUCAAAUGAAACCUUGUCUUCCACUGUUUCAACUUCAUCACUUGCAAAACAAGGCAUAAUCUCUUUUGGUGUGGGUAGCAAUCCUUCAAUCGUCAACGGGAAUGGGUCCCUUGCAGAUUCUACACGUUCAUUUUCUUCCCCUCCAACUGUAGUUCCUGAUAACAUUUCUGUCCAAAAUUCAUCCAUCAGUUAUAACAGCAGUGGUAUUACCCCUGCUAUGAUUGCUGCAAGUUCAAAUGCCACCAAUAUUAGCAAAAUUUCUGCAUCUGCUUCAGCACCUUCCUUGGAGUCUGGAUCUGCUUUCAAAUUUGGUUCCUCAUCCACUUCCACCUCAUCGAUAUCAGCAACUACUGGUGUAGGAUUGACAGAAAUCAAGAAGGAAACCAACUUUGUCAAUCUAGUGAGUGCUCCUUUUUCUAGUACAUCCUCUGUAACUACAAGCACUGGGGGCAGUCUUUUUGGAGGUACAUCCACUGCAAUGACAAGCACAGGGAGUAAUAUUUUAGAUGGUACAUCAUCUGCAGUUGUGAGCUCUGGAAGUAGCAGUUUUUGUGGCACAUCCACUUCUGUUACAAUCACUGGCAGUAGUAUUUUUAGUUUUAAUGCUGGAUCAAAUACUUCAACUGCAGCUGCAAGUGCAACUCAGGGUUUUAAUCCCUUUAGUGCUGGUACUGCUCCGGCAUCUGGAGCUGGAUCUUUACUUGCUGCUACAACUCAGAGCAUGCCCAUUCAAUUUAGCUCAUCUACAUCAUUUCCUUUUGGGUUGACUGCAAGUCCAACCUUUUCUUCUGGAAGUUCCUUAUUUAGUUCUCCAAAUAAUAUGAAUAAAUUGUUCAGUUCUGGUGCUACUUUUGGACUGACUUCAACCUCUUCUGAUGCCAACACUGUUGGCUCCACUACUAGCUCUAUGUCAACAGGAUUUGGUUCUACCUGGCAAACACCUAAAUCUCCCAUUUUCAAUUCUGCAUCAUCCUCUACUGGGUUUGCGUUUGGAGCAUCCUCAUCUUCUAGUGCCAGUAGCACCACAUCUGUGAUGUUUGGAUCAUCUACUAAUGCUUCCUCUGAUUCUGUGUUUUCCUUCAGCUCACCUGCUGCAUCUACUCCUCCACAGCCUGUGUUUGGUAACACAAAUCCUGCCUUUACAUUUGGGUCAUCUCCAUCUGGUAAUAGUGAUCAAAUGAACAUGGAGGACAGCAUGGCUGAGGACACAGUUCAGACCACAACAUCUGCAGUUCCUGUGUUUGGUCAACAACCGGUUGCACCUCCAUCUUCUAGCUUUGUUUUUGGAUGUACGGCUCCAUCAACGGCAAAUCAAUUUGGCUCUGCUGCUCCAUCAGGAGGGAAUCAAUUUGGCUCAACAGCUCCCUCAGGGGCAAAUCCUUUUCAAUUUGGAAGCCAGUCAAAUCUGGCAGUAUCACAGAACCAAUCUCCAUUCCAGGCUUCUGGUAGUCUCGAGUUUAAUGCAAGAGGUAGCUUCUCACUGGGCACUGGUGGUAGUGACAAGUCUGGCAGAAAAUUUGUCAGAGUUAGAAAAACACAGCGGAAGAAGUGAAAAUCAAAUAUCCGUGCUUGGUUGCUUUUUUUCUCGUUACAGCACCUGGAAUUGGAUAGUUGCAAUUGAUGGACAAAUAAUUAUAAUGAUGAGAGCUAAACAGCAUAAAUGUGAUGAUGCUGUUGAUCAACCAGAUUAUUCAAAUGGCAGGCAAAACCAUCCUCAGGCUCUGGAAAUGUGCUGAUUCUGUAUGGUGUCUAAUUUUUGGCUUCAGGGCAAACUGAUGAUGGUUGCAAACAGGCAGACAUAGGUCGUCACAAUUUUGUACCAGUUUUUCUUAGCAAAUCUAAGAAUAUUUGUGGUUGUAUUAGAUGUAGUUCACAGAAUAUGGCUGGGCAAUUUCAUUUGCUACUUACUAUUUUCAAUGUACUUGUCAUAUGUAAUGUAACAUAAAGAGAAAUUGAUGUGAAUUUGCUUAUGAAAAUUUGUACGGCUUUUGUUCUCA